AUGAAAAGAGAAAGAUCUUGCGAGAGAAAGAGCAAGAAUGUGUCUAAGAGGCGCCGUGUAGAGGCCUCUUCAGAUGACAGUCGUCAGUGGUACGAGGUGAUGCUUGCUCUGGCGGCCAAAUCAGCUUGCAAGCAAGUCUUUACUUCUGCUGUUCACGAAUGGAAAGAUCAUAUUCGAGAUUGGUGUGAAUUGACCCAUGCCAUCAACAAGUCUGAGGAGCGUAGGGAGUUACCUACCAUACCUCAACCUACACAUCAGAUUGAGUGGUUGGCUAGAGUCAAUUUUAAGCACAGAUCCAUGCGCCGUAGCCUACCAGAGCAGAGGCGUCCAAAAGUGUCUAGGAAACAAGACCUGAACUUGUCCUUUUGCGUUUACUAAGGAGGAGGCUGAUCUUGGAUAUGUCUGCAUGAGCACUAAUUGUCAGAGAAUGACCUUCACACGCAUCUCAGUACCACUGUGUGGAAUUUUGCAACACUACCACCACUACAAACAAAUUACAUCACCUUUAUGUGAUCAUGUCUUUGACUGUACUUAGUGUGAUAGGCAUGCCCUGCUAUGUAAUAAGUGCUUCC